AUGGAAGAGCUCACGGCUUUUGUAUCCAAAUCUUUUGACCAGAAAAGCAAGGAUGGUAACGGCGCAGGCGGAGGCGGAGGAGGUAAGAAGGAUUCCAUUACGUACCGGGAAGUUUUGGAGAGCGGACUGGCGCGCUCCCGGGAGCUGGGGACGUCGGAUUCCAGCCUCCAGGACAUCACGGACGGCGGCGGCGGCCACUGCCCGGUGCAUUUGUUCAAGGACCACGUAGACAGUGACAAGGAGAAACUGAAAGAAUUCGGCACCGCGAGAGUGGCAGAAGGGAUUUAUGAAUGCAAAGAGAAGCGCGAGGACGUGAAGUCGGAGGACGAGGACGGGCAGACGAAGCUGAAACAGAGGCGCAGCCGUACCAACUUCACGUUGGAACAGCUCAACGAGCUGGAGCGACUCUUCGACGAGACCCAUUACCCCGACGCCUUCAUGCGCGAGGAGCUUAGCCAGCGCCUGGGGCUCUCCGAGGCGCGCGUGCAGGUUUGGUUCCAGAAUCGGAGAGCCAAGUGCCGCAAACAAGAGAAUCAGAUGCAUAAAGGCGUCAUCUUGGGCACAGCCAACCACCUAGAUGCCUGCCGGGUGGCACCAUACGUCAACAUGGGAGCCUUACGGAUGCCUUUCCAACAGGUCCAGGCUCAGCUGCAGCUGGAAGGCGUGGCCCACGCGCACCCGCACCUGCACCCGCACCUGGCGGCGCACGCGCCCUACCUGAUGUUCCCCCCGCCGCCCUUCGGGCUGCCCAUCGCGUCGCUGGCCGAGUCCGCCUCGGCCGCCGCGGUGGUCGCCGCCGCCGCCAAAAGCAACAGCAAGAAUUCCAGCAUCGCCGACCUGCGGCUCAAGGCGCGGAAGCACGCGGAAGCCCUGGGGCUCUGACCCGCCGCGCAGCCCCCUGCGCGCCCGGACUCCCGGGAUCCGCGCGCCCCGCCUGCACAGCGCGUCCUGCACUCAACCCCGUCUGGAGCUUCUUCCGCGGCCACCGUGCUCCGGGCACCCCGGGAACUCCUGCAAGAGGCCUGAGGAGGGGGCUCCCGGGA